GGACAAUUCAACGCUGGAAACUCUUCCUAACACGCAACACGCUCUGUGUGUCCGGCUCUCACGCGCGCUCCGAUUCGACUCUGUUUUCCGAAGCACGACACCAUAGUCAAGCUCGAUUACCUUUCGAAAAUUCACAACUUGGCUGCUCACCGGAGCUAGCCCCGACAUCACAACGAGCCUCCUUUAAAGCCCCCCCAAAACACCGCUCGCCCAACAUGACUACCUUUACAGAGGCAGUAGACUUCCUCUUGACGCCCUCGCUAACCGUUAUGGUGCUUGGCGUCAUAGUCAUCAUUGGCGCUCCUCUUAUACUUCACUUUAUCCUCGCGUCGUCUGCGACAUAUACCGUCCCACCAACGGUUCUUCUUCUGGGCCCCAGCAACACAGGCAAGACUGCGCUCUUGACGCUUCUCGAGCGCGGUACACAGCCUGCCCAGACACAUACAACACAGUCGACACAGUCUGUAGAGCUCAAUGCUUCUACCGACUCCGACCAAAAGAUGUCGUUCCGGAACCACGAAGACUCGAGCGGCACAUACACAAAGUUCUUGCUUAUCGAUACGCCUGGCCAUGGCAAGCUGCGCAACAUUGCCAUGGGCAAGCUAGCUAGAUCCGAGAAACUCAAGGCCGUAGUUUUUGCUGUCGAUGCAUCCUCAAUUGGCGAGCACGACUUCCUAGCGCCGACAGCUGCCUACCUAUACGACUUGCUUCUGUUCCUCCAAAAGAAGGCUAGCUCCAAGGGCAAGGACAAGGCGUCGGUACCUGUUCUUAUUGCCGCCAAUAAGAUGGAUUUGUUCACUGCACUACCUGCAACUAUGGUUCGCAGCAACUUGGAGGCUGAAUUGACUCGAAUCCGAGCCUCCAGGAGCAAGGGCCUCCUUGACACUGGCGUUGGAAUCGACGAUAUUGGCUCCGAGGAACAAGACGGCUGGCUCGGUGAAUAUGGCUCCGAUAAGUUCACUUUUGCCCAGAUGCAAGAGUUUGAUAUUGACGUCGACGUCAUUGGCGGCAGUGUCAUGUCGGAAAAGGCUGACGUUGACAAGUGGUGGUGGUGGGUGGCCCAGCGUGUGUAAUGGGCUAUAAUUCAAUACACUGUACUAAUACAUCUUCACGUAACGAUAAAAAAGAAUCAUAAUACAAGCCAAUUAUAUC